AAAUUUUCAGUUGUUUAAAAAUAUUUCACUUCUCCUGUUAACAUACAUGGGCCAAAUCGUGCCCUUUUUUUCGUCGAAAACUUAUGAUCCCAUUUGUCAACGGUGAUCGAAAAAACGUGAGCGAAUUUGUCAUUUUCACUCCUUCUAACCGAUUGGCCAUGUACAAACAAUUUUCUGGUCAGCGCCUUCUGGUGAUAUACAUUGAAGUCAAAUAGUUUGUUUUAUGCGGUGAAUGCGGUUCUGUAUGACGAAUGUGGUGAGGUCUGGUGGCGAUAGGAAACCCAUUAAUUCGAUGCGGUCACUGGCGACCGGACUGGGGCCACUGUAAAAACCGUUAUAGAAACAAAGGCGAGGUUGUCGCGGACAAUAGCUACACGUUGAAGCCGCCAAGGCGUACAGAAAACGGAGAUGAGCAACAGACGGCUUUCUAUUAUUCUUCUGAAGUUGCUGUGUAUUCUACACAUCGUUCCUUGUUCUUUUGCGAACGGAGGCUUUUACAAGUGCCACCCUAACAAAAUUGCAAGCUGCAAACAAUGGAGCAACGGGACUUAUCUCCCCAACUUGUUCGGUGAGGUGAAACAGGAGGCGAUAUCGGAGAAGUUGGCUACAUUCCUGCCAAAAAUCAAGCCACAUUGUUCCAUGUUGCUGGAGCAUUUCGUGUGUUCUAUCUACGCCCCGCCGUGCAUCGACGGGCUGGAAUUUCCCGUUCCUCCAUGUAAGAGUUUGUGUAUGUUCGCCAAGGCAGGCUGUGAGCCGCUGGUGUCAGCCUUAGACCCGAGUGUGUCCCUUAUGAUGGAGUGCGACAACUAUAGAGAUGACACGUUGUGUCUCUCGUCCAUGAUACAACUAAGACGACCCCACACUGCACCGAGUCCCCCAGGGUCACUCACUCUAAAACCUAUAGACUCUCGGACUCUGUUCAUAUCAUGGGAACCUCAUAGAGAGCCGGUGACGGGCUAUCAUCUCUGGACCAAAGGCAAGAAGGGGAACAAGGACCUCAUGUUAGGACCCGAGGCUCGAAACUACACGUUGAAGGGGCUAAGGCCUAAUGCAAAGUAUCGAGUGAAGCUGUCUGUUUUUAAUGGAGCCGGGGAGAGCGAUUUUACUUACAAGAAAAUCGUGCUACAUCACUGCAGACCCACUGGGCAGAAAAAGCUCAGGUAUGUUGGCUUGAACCCAUCUAAGGGUAUGAUGUCGAAGAAAAUAUUCUGCUGUGCGGUUCUCUGGUGCGGUUUGACAAUAGCUGCAGUGUCGGCUGUCAGCUACCAGUGCGAGGAGACGAAAAUCCCAAUGUGUAUGUCCUACACCAACAAGACUAUUGUGCCGAACGUGCUGGGUUACACAAGGCAGGACUAUGCGGCUUUAGAGCUCAUCUUUUUCGAACCUCUUGUGAAGAUGAAAUGUUCGCCCUACCUCCACCGCUUUUUGUGCGGCAUGUACACACCGAUGUGCGACCGUUACGGCCUGGCCGAUAAACCGACGCCUCCCUGUCGGAGCAUCUGCCGUGCGGCCAAAACCGCGUGCGAGCGAGACAUGUACAAGUACGGGAUCGUGUGGCCGGAGAACUUUAACUGCGAGAGUCUCCCGGACGAUAUAGCGGACCCUAUUGGUACUCGCUGCGUUGGCAAGCUGGCCCUGAUGAUCCCUGGGUUGGGGUUAGGUAUCAUGUCACGCCAGGGGAACGGCAAUGUCCAACUAGAAGAAAAAGAGGCCGAGAGCGAAAAGAAAGAAGAGCAGACGAUAACCAGCCGUGACGACCCCUUGACGGCAACGUCGCAAGGGCACAACCACCUUACUCACGAUACACACGAUCCCAGACCGCAUAAUACUCUCGACAAAAAGAACGGCAUCUCCCCGCGCCGCUACGAUAUCAAGGAAUAUGGAGAACCGUACUACUUUAGUGGCUGGGUGGAUGUACAGGGUCAAGGAGCGGCCAACGACUACUGCAGAGUCAUCGGGCGUGGCCGCUCCAGCUUUCUGUCAUGCGCACUGGCGGGCACCCACAGUGAAAGACAUUUCUACGUCUCGGAGAAAGGGUUCAACGUCGGUUGGAGGGAUACCUGGUUUAUGAGGGACAUGGACGACGAUGGGAGAGACGAUUACUGCAGAUGUGUUGGGUCAAAAACCCAUUCGAGGGUUUCCUGUAUGAAGGCAGGCGACAGAGGUUUCUACGGUAGUAUUACUCAGCGAGGCAGUCAAUACACCUUUGACGUUCCAGGAACCGAUAACUGUCACCGCAAGCGAGUCAAUCCCUAUUUUGGGUUAUAAAUUUAGAUUUGUAACGCCAGAAACAUGUCACAGUCAGGGAUAAUUUUAUUUUUAAAUCAAAGGUUCAAAAAUUUCUGUUCUCGGCUUCUAUACCCAAGUGCUGUGCACUUUUUUAAAAGGCCGUCUCAGGCUCGAUUUGUAAAUAUCAAGAGCUCAUAUCUUUCAACACACAAGUUGAUUCAAAUGUAGCUAAUUUUGUCGAUUGAGAUCCGAGGAUAACAGGAUUGUGAGCCAUUGCAGUGACAAACACUGCACACUUCGUGUUGGUAGAAAACGGGCACUUAGGACGUUGGAGGCCUCACGGUUGGUCAGGAAGCAAAGACGAGUUUCCCCUUCAAAGGACCAUGGUGCAAGCUUCACCAAAGAACUCUAGACCAAAAUUUUGUCUCGACUUUUAGAGUACAAGUUUUGGUCUUUUUCAAUGCUAGAUAAAUGCGAAGUAGUCCACUAGAAGUAACUAUUGACCUUAAUUAUGUGCCGUUUGUCUUUUAAAACCAUCUUAUAUCUUUUUUUCCUUCAAGCUUAAACGAACUUUUGGACUAAUUCUUUGGUAAAACAAGCACAUCAUUUUUUGUACAAGCAAAUGUCUGUAUGGACACUGUGAAAAGAAAUCUGUCCUGUGAAACUCACAUUGGAUGACAGCUGAGCAAGUGUCAAUCAGAAACUUUACAAUCUUGACAUGGUAGCUAUUAGAAUAUUCAAUUUCUAUACAAAUUGGAAAUUUUUGGAUAUGAAUUAAAAGGCAUGAAACA